AUGUACCCCAGUGGUGGCUGCAAACGCUACACUGCCAAUGACACUCUUGGCUACGCUAUACACACCACCAGUAAUACCAACAUGACCAAACCGCAGCCUAAACGUUUCAAUAUACGCAGCAGUACAUGCCUCGCACCCGUGGGCCACAUGGUCACUUAUCUCGCAAACACAGACAGAAGAAGAACCCUCCCAUCUCCAGCCAACCUUUCCAAGAUGCCCAAGAAAGGCAAGCAGCAAGCACCACAGCAGGAGUCUUCCCCGAGUCUGCAGGAGGAAGAAACUGGUGAUGUUCCUCCUGAGGUUCCUGACGACACUGACGUUCCUGAUGUGGAAGUGGUGAAGGUACAACCUGUUGCUGGGCUCUCCAGGAAACGCACUCGGCCAUCCAAGAAAGACGUUCAGGACUACCCCUUCAACGACGACCAACUGAGGGAGAUAGCAAACUACGUCCAGUUGCAUCCAGAGCUCUACGAUAAGCGGAACGAGAAGUGGCUGAAUCCGGCGUGGAAGGAGAGCCUCUGGAAGGACCUGGCCCAAACUUUCUCGGACUGUUCUCACCAGCAGGUGAAGAAGGUGGUGGACAAGAAGAGAACAGAUUUUGGGAAAAUCGAGAAGAGGGAGAGCAAGAGUGGAUCAGCAGCCAGGCCGAGGACGCAGAGGGAGCAGAAGAUCGUCGAGGUUUGGGCCUUCCUGGCAGGUCACAUCGCCCACGAAAGUACGCACCCUAGUGAUGACUUCGGCAGACAAGGUGACGAUCAAGAUUCCUCCAGCCAUGAGUCUGUCCUAUCGGCCCACUCAAUUGCCAGGAGGAAGAGGAAGAAGGAACGGCAGGAGGAGGAACUAUCCAGCCCACGAUCCACCAAAUCUACCCAGGAGAGCAGUGCCAUCCAAGAACUACUCCAGAGUGCACAGCUGCUAGCUACACGAAAACCACCAGUCGAGGGACCUGACGCUGACAUCCGGCAGUUUGUUGAAUUUAUGUACACUCGCCUGAAGAAGGUUUCCCCCAUGCAUCAUGGAGUACUCUUCUCCAAGAUCGCGUACAUGAUCAGCCUCAUGGAGGAACCAGUGAUGGCCAGGAGUGCUAUUAAAGACCCGAGGAGGUUGCUGGAUUCUGUGCCCAUGCCACUAGGAGUUGCGAGCCCAUCGCACCUGUGGCAGCCUCCUGCACCGCCUACUCUUGCUCCUGCUCCUCCUCCUCCUCCUCCAGUCUAUCAUCAGCCGCAGUACCAGCAGCCACAUUACUCGCAGCCCCAAUACCAACAACAACAGUACCAACAGCCUCAACAACAACAGUACCAACAGCCUCAACAACAAUACCAGCCUCAACAAUCAGAACAGCAACAGUUCCCUCAGCAGCCACAGCAGCAGCAGGUGCCCACCCCAAUACAGUGGGAAUCUAUACUCGGCUGUUCACCGUCCCCCGUCAAGACCCUGCAGCACACAAGUACGACCACCAAACUCCAGGGCCAGAAGACGAAAUCGCCGGCGAAAAAGGCCAUAAUGUCCCCCAUGAUCGAGACGCCGAAGGGCUACGAGGCGGAGGAUAGCGACGAGUAA